AUGAAUUGUAAUUUUAGUCAUGAUAACGCACAGAUUCAGUCUUUUACUCAACAGUAUACAGUGAAUAAUGAUGUUCUUUCAGAAAAAAGCUAUAAAAAAAUUUCUCAAGAUCAAUUAAAAUUUGGCACUUUAAUGGCAGCUCAAAAAAAUGAAGCAGAGAAAGCUAAGCAGCAAGAAUUUUUGAAAAAAAGGAGAACAGCUAUAAAUGAGAAUCAAAGUGUAGAUGAAAAUCUACUUAAUUAUGAACAAUCAUCAAAUGAAAUUGGAAAUAACACAAAUUCAAAAGAUAAAAAUGUGCUUGGAAGUUUAGCAAUUGAUGAGGAAUUGGAACAACAGAUUCAAACCCUUAAAGAGAAGCAUUUAAAAUUAUUUAAAACUCAAAAAACGAAUGCACAAGG